AUGCAGCUGAAAGAUAAAGUAGUGUUCAUCACUGGCGGUGCACAGGGAUUCGGGAGGGGUGUGGCUGAAGCAGUAUUGAAGAAAGGGGGAAAGUGUGACGUGACGAAUGUUGCUGAGUUUGAGGAUGCUUUCAAAGCUGCUGUCUCGAAAUUUGGUCAUGUUGAUGUAAUGUGCAACAAUGCAGGCAUACUGGAUGAACGGAUAUGGGAAAAAGAACUGGAAAUCAACUUUACUGCCGUUGUGCGGGGGACCAUGAUGGCGCUGAAUCACAUGAGGAAGGAUAAAGGCGGAAGAGGCGGCGUCAUCAUCAACACAGCGUCAACGGCAGGUAUGAGGUAG